GGCGGCGUUGGCUUUGCGGGGCUCUAGUUUCCACGUGGUGCGGUGAGGGCAGCUAGGCCCACCUCGGUUCCCUUGGGCACCCUGGCCCUCGGGGCCCGCUUCCCGCCGAGAUGCCGAAGGUGAAGUCGGGUGCGAGUGGCCGUCGUCGUGCACGGCAGGAGCAGCGCGGAGAGCUGAAGCGGGCCGGAGGACUCAUGUUCAACACGGGGAUUGGACAGCACAUUUUGAAAAAUCCUCUGAUUGUUAACAGCAUUAUCGAUAAGGCUGCUCUAAGACCAACAGACGUGGUGCUGGAAGUUGGGCCUGGAACUGGCAACAUGACCGUAAAGUUAUUAGAAAAGGCAAAAAAGGUAGUUGCCUGUGAACUUGACCCAAGGCUAGUAGCUGAACUUCACAAAAGAGUUCAGGGCACACCUUUGGCUAGCAAACUUCAAGUACUGGUGGGUGAUGUACUGAAAUCUGAUUUGCCAUUCUUUGAUGCAUGCGUUGCAAAUUUGCCUUAUCAGAUUUCUUCUCCUUUUGUCUUCAAGUUGUUGCUGCACCGACCAUUCUUCAGAUGUGCCAUACUUAUGUUUCAAAGAGAAUUUGCUCUCAGACUGGUUGCUAAACCUGGAGAUAAGUUAUACUGCAGACUCUCAAUUAAUACACAGCUGUUAGCCCGUGUAGACCAUUUAAUGAAAGUUGGGAAGAAUAACUUCAGACCACCACCCAAGGUGGAAUCCAGUGUUGUGAGGAUAGAACCUAAGAAUCCACCACCACCCAUCAAUUUUCAGGAAUGGGAUGGCCUAGUAAGGAUCACCUUCGUUAGGAAAAACAAGACACUGUCUGCUGCAUUUAAAUCCAGUGCAGUCCAACAGCUAUUGGAAAAAAACCACAGAAUUCACUGUUCACUCCAUAAUAUUAUAAUACCGGAAGAUUUCAGCAUAGCAGAUAAAAUACAGCAAAUCCUAACCAGCACAGGUUUUAGUGACAAACGGGCCCGUUCCAUGGAUAUAGAUGACUUUAUCAAGUACGUACAUUUUUGUUUUCCUAUUUACAUAUCUACUGUGAUACCUUCAGAUAAGAGGUGUAAGGUGCUACUUGAGAGAAUUAUUGCAUAGCACUUCCAUGGCAUGGAAUAAUAUUUGGUGCAGAAAGUGGAGGCUAGUUAGCUGCAGCAGAAUGAACAUUUUUCUUUAAAGUACAGUAGUAAAGAACAGUCAGAGCCAUAAGAUUGCCUAUUAAUUUGUGUUCUCAUGUGUUCCUCCCUUUUCUCCCUAACCCCUAUUCAUUCAUAUCUUUAAAGUAGCCUCAUAAGGUACAGCUUGUACUCUUAUCCUGAACCACAUUUCUAGUCCACAUUAAAUAUAUCGUAAGCAUGAAAUUUAAUUUGUAAUAUGCUUGACUAUUUUGUGAUAGUUUUGUAACCUCAGGAAAGGUAUACUUUUUGGGGGUGGGGGAGUACUAGCAAUUGAAUUUGAGGAUUUGUUGUUCUUAAGUAGCUG